UUCUGUCAUGUGAACUUCCUCUGUUGAGUAAAAGAAUUGUAUCAGGGUGACUUGGACUAAAAAAAAUAAUUAUUAACAAUGCAACCCAAAUGUUGGAUUAAAUUAUCAGACUCAAGGACCAGAUCUACCUCGAGAGGGCUGGUUGGGAUUGUUGUUGUUCUCUUCUUGGCUGUUUUAUGCUGUUUGUCACUGCUGGUGAUUUUACUGCAGCAAAUAAGUGACCUACGGAGUGAACUGGCAAAAGUCCACAAACAGCUUCAUGUUUUUAACAAGAGGGCAAGAAUAAAUCUUGAGGAUGAUUCAGUGGAACAUGAGAAAGAAAUGGAAGACCUGACUGAAAAUCUAAAAAAUAACAAUAAUGCCAAAUUCCAAAUUAAAGAAGAGUUAACUGAACUGAAUGAGAAGAACUAUGAACUCAGGAGCAUCUCAAGGAAAAGAAGAGAGAUAAGAUCCUGUGAAAAACAGCUAUCAUUCCUCCAGCUGAUUCCUAAUGCUAAGAGAAGCAUAACUCUGCAAGCAGAUGAUUCAACCUUUAUUCCUUGGAAUGUGGCUUCAAAGAGGGGUGAGGCAUUGGAGGCAAUUUCCAAUAAAAUAGUUGUGAGAGAAAAUGGCUAUUACACUGUGUACAGUCAGGUUCUGUACUAUGAUAACUGCAUGGCCAUGGGCCAUGUAGUCCGGAGAAAGAAGAUUAAUGUCGUUGGGAAUGAGCGACGUAUAAUGACGCUAUUUCGCUGCAUUCAAAACAUGCCAAAUAACACAGCCAGUAAUACUUGUUUCACUGCUGGAAUUGUGAAACUUGACCAAGGGGAUGAGCUGGAACUCCUGUUACCAUCACGACCCAAUGCUCACAUCUCCAUGGAGAAAGAUUCAACAUUUUUUGGUGCCAUACAAUUAUUAUGAAGCAACUAUUUGAGAACACAAUGACAGCCCAAGAGUGGGAUAAUUUAACUUGAGAUGCAGUUCACCUAAUAUGUCUCCGCUUAUCUCCAAGGUUAGCAUUGUAAUCAAAAAACAUCAACAUCAUUAAUCAAGAGGGUGGAUUUAUCUGAUGUCAUCACAGGCUGUGAAGUAUUUGUGGUACUAAGAUCUGUAGUUGCUACUCAUUUGCUAAAGCCUUUUGAAAGCAAUUUUAAUUGCACACUUCUUUGGAUGGAAUCUAAUGGAGCUCCAAGCCCUCUCGUCUUAUAUGUGACAGGUUUUCUGUUUUCACUGUCUGAAAAGUAAAUUGUUGUUUGCUUUCAUAAACCUAACUUCCCAAUGCCGCCAGAUUCCCCGAUCUUUGCAUGUCACUUCUCUCGAGGCCUUUGUAACGUCAAGACCACAUUACUAUAAUGAACUGCAAAACAAGUGCAUAAUGGACAAAACAGUGAAUCCUCCUGGGAUUUCUUCACUGUGUCCUAUGGCAAUGAGGAUUGAUAGACCUAGUGGGAUCCUGAAGGAGGGACAGACCUUUCUUCAGGCUAAGCAUUUUAGUGGCUCUAUUUUGGUCUCUUCUGAGAAAACUUACUUUAUAUUUUGCGUGGGUAAACUCUCCAGGAAAAUUACAAAAGUGGGGGCAAGGAAGGAAGAGGAUCCAGAAAAGCUAUGCAUCAUGUGAUUACAAAGCUGCCUGGCACACAUGACAAGAUGAUGAGUUUUGAUACAAUUUACAUCUGUAACAUCAUUAAGAUGUGUGUCCAGCAGCCAGUAGUGAAUGGAGCAGAAGUUUCCACCAAUUAAGAAUUGGGAAGACCAAAGUCAUUGCCAAUCUCUGUUUCCUAGCUACUGACUCCACCCUUCUCCCAGGCAACUGUCUGAGUCUGAAACAGACUUGGUGUCAUAUUUGACCCCAGGAUGAGCUUCUGAUUGCAUACCCCCACCACCAAGUUCCAUCUCCAUAACAUUGCCAAACUCCAUCCUUGCCUCAGCUCACAUGCUACUGAUCCAUGACUUUGUUACUUCUUGGCUUAACAAUUCUAACACUUUGCUGGCCAGCCUCCCAUAUUCCACCCUCCCCAAACUUGAGCUCGUCUAAAAGUCUGCUGUCCAUAUCCUAACUUGCACCAUGUCCCAUUCACACAUCACCCCUCUGCUCGCUGACCUAGAUUGGCUCUCAAAUAAGCAAUGUCUCAAUUUUUAAAUUCUCAUUCUUAUUUUCAAAUCCCUCCAUGGCCUCACUCCUCCCUAUCUCUGUAAUCUCCUCCAUUCCUACAACUCUUCAAGGUAUCUGCACUCUUCCAAUUCUGGCCUCUUGUGCGUUCCCAAUUUUAGUCACUCCACUAUUGUUAACUGUGCCUUCAGCUGCCAAGACCCUAAACUCUAGAAUUCCCUCCUUAAACUGCUCUACCUCUUUUUCCUCCCUAAGAUGCUUUUCUAUAGGUAUAUAAAUAGUAAAGGGUUGGUAAAAGGAGGAGUUGGGUUGAUUAGAGACCAAAGAGGAGAUUUACACAUGGAGGUAGGGGCAUGGAUGAAGUGUUAAAUGAUUACUUUGCAUCUGUCUUUACCAAGGUCAUGGUGAAAGAAUUCAGACACUUGAAGGGUUUAAUUCUGAAAAUGAGGAGGUAUUGGAUAGGCUGUCUGUACUUAAAGUUGAUAAGGCACCAGGAUGAUAUGCAUCCAAGAAUAUUAAGGGAAGUAAGACUGGAAAUUAUGGAGGCACUAGCUAUCAUUUUCCAAUCUUCCUUAGAUGCAGGAGUGGUGCCAAAGGACUGGAGAAUUACAAAUGUUACACCUUGUUCAAAAAAGGAUGUAAAGAUAAGCCCAGCAAGUACAGACCUGUCAGUUU